AUGGGGUGGAGAAAUGAAAGCGGUCUGGGCGAUGCAUCCUCGCCGCACCGCCGUCGCAGUCAUCGGUCUAACCGGCAUAACGACGAGGGCGGCGUAGGCGACGGCAGCAACCAUCAUCGUCACUGGCCCCGCGACAGUGACUCACUCGAUGACCGCCAUCGCGGCUCGCAUCGCCAUCGCCGAGGCAGCGCAGAGGGAAGAAGGGGCAAAAACGAAGCCACGCGGUCGGAGCGAGUGUCACGAUCGCACCGCCGCCCGCGACGGGAGCGCAGCGACAGUGACAACGAGUACGACAGCCUUGAUGAUGAUCGUCUCUCGCGGCGGUGGCGGCGGCGCCACGGGCAGCAGCGUCGCGAGCGCAGUCAAAGUGAAGAUGAUUAUAUGAACAACCGGCAUGGUAGACGAGAAAAGGGGAAGCGGCAUCGCGACCUUUCGGCGACAGACGACGACGGUCUUCGGCAAAGUCGGAAGUACCAUCGUGACGGUCGACCGGUGGUCGACGAGCUGAGUCACAGCUCAGGCGACAACGCUGUCGCAGACUCGAGCGAUUGCCGUGCCUACAGGGAACGCCCCCAGGCAGGCAACAGUGUGACCAAUCCGAGUCACAUGGCGAGCAGCACUGUGGACUGGAGCUCCCGUCACCGUCGUCAGCGCAUGCCGGGUCUUGCAUAUGACGUGGAUCAGCAGAAGCGUUUUCUAGGCUUUCUAGACCGCCGUGAUGCGUCAGGCGGCCAGGCGGCAGCAGCAGCGAUGGAGUUCACAGUUGGUGCAGACGGCCUUGUGCAGAUGCCUCCACCACCCAUGCUCGUGCGCCGCCAGAACCGUAACCGAUUUGGUGCUACGGACAGCAAUGAUGGAAGCGGCAGCGGCUUUCGCCGGCAGCAGCAGAAGCAGCACCGUCAACGCAGCACGCUCAGCUGCGCAGCUCUACCGGCAAACGCCCACGGCGAAGACAGCAACAACAGCUCUGUUGCAUCGCACGAGUCGCUCUAUAACAACCCCGCGACGGCGCAGCUGGGCAUUCUGCCGGACAUCAUUCCACCGUCCAACCUCUACCGUGUCGCACUCUACGGGGUGGACCUUUCGCUAACGGCCUCGCACCUAAGCUCGAUGGUGGCACAGCUGCUGGGCGGUGGUGUGAAGCCGUGGCGUGUGCGUCGACCAGCGCGAGAGAUGCUGCACGCCGCAGUAUGCUACAAUCACACUGCGCAGCAACAGCCACAGUACCAGCAGCCGUUGCCUGCGCCAUUGACAUCACGCAAGAGCGCCGUCACGAACGAAUUAUUUGUGUCUGGAACGACUCUUGUUAACGAAUCUGCUAACGCAGCGUCUUCGUCGGGGGUGCUCGGUGACCCGCCGGGAAGUAUAACCAACACCUCGCACAGCAUCGAGACCUCAACGAUCGGCGUGCUUUUAUGCGAGUCAUCCAUCGCCGAGGGCGGGGGCGUGCUCCCUGACGCCGAGGACAGAAAAGUCACCUCAGGCGUACUGGGUAGUGUGGCAGAGAAGACCAGCGGCGUCUUGCAGGGCGAAGCAGGGGGCCAGCAGAUGCACAAGGAGGGGGAGGAAAACAACGAAAGUGUGCUGCCGGAUGCAUUAUCGCUUCCACAGCCAUUACAGCCGGCCACCCCUGCGGUCUACCUCCCUGGCUUGCACGACGUCAACGGUCCAGGUGGAAUGGUGGUGCUCGAGUUUACUGAGCAGAAGCACGCGCUUCGCUCCGUGCAGCUUCUAAACGGCGCAUACGUGAAUGGUCGACGGGUGGCCGCAUCCAUGUAA